AUGGUCUUAUUAGAUCCAACAGUACAACAUUUUAGAGAGCAGCCAACAGGCUUAUUAAACAAAGUUCAGUCUUUUAUUAAAAGAAAUCUAUCUGAAUUUGAAAUAGAGAAAACUAGAAUGAAUGGAAGAAAAUGUAGUAUAUGCAAAAAAAAUAGAUAUAAUAUUUGGACAUGUCCUGAUUAUGCAAUAGAUAAAAAUUAG